AUGUCCGCUAACGAAUUCUACUCUGAAGGUGACCAAGGCUCUUACCAACAACCAAGACAAGGUCAAAACCAACAAGUUCAAUAUGAUCAAAACGGUCAACCAAUUGCUGGUCAAGACGGUGACAGAGGUUUGUUCUCUACUUUGGUCGGUGGUGCCGGUGGUGCUUAUGCCGGUUCUAAAGUUUCAGGUAACCACUCCACUAUGGGUGGUGUCUUGGGUGCUAUCUCUGGUGCUGUCUUAGCCAACAAGGCUGAAGAUCAUUUCGAAGAACGUAGAAAUGAACGUAAAGAAGAUCGUCAUGAAAGACAUGAACACCAUAACGCACAACGUUAUGAACAACGUUACGACCAACAACAACAACAACAACAACAACAACCAGGUGGAUUUGGUGGUUUCGGUGAAGAACGUAGAAAUGAAUUCGGUGGUAGAAACGAGUUUGGCGGUAGAAACGAAUUCGGUGGUAACAAUGGCUUUGGCAAUGAAUUCGGUAGAGACGACCGUAGAGGUGGUUUCGGUGAUGAUUUCGGCGGUAGAGAUGGUUAUGGUAAUGAAGACCGUAGAGGCGGUUAUGGCAAUGGCGGUUAUGGUGACAAUCGUAGAGGUGGCUGGUAA